UUUUGGGAGUUGAAUUAUGGCAUCAACUUUUACCUUUACUGUAUAGGGGGCGGAAAGAAGUAUCGAGAUGACGUCAAGCAGAGACUUCGACAGAUGUUCUCAUGCUGCGCAUGCAGAAACUAAGAGGGAACUAUAGUGGGAACGCCCUUGGACACUACAAACACGCCUCAAAUGACAAUAAUUGGUAAUGUUGUCUUUAAUAAAGUAUUAUAAUCAUAAAUAUCUGUACAUGUAUACUGCUGCCCAUUACAUCUUUGUAUCUCGUAUGCCGAUUGUCCGUGCUGUUUUGUUGCAUAACUAGUCCAAUUACAAUCAUCGCGUCCUCAUCUUCGUCGUCAUAAAAACUCCUGCGCCGACCCGCCCGCCCUUGGGGGUUUUAUAUCCAGUUGAUAUAACAGUAAUAUCAUAUUUGAUUUCAUGCAUUCUACAUCUAGCUCACCGUUCAGGUGAUGUACGUCGGAUAAGCCUCGUCAAAUGAUCCGUUUCGUAAUGCGCUGCGUAUACUUUUGCAUCGUAGUUCUCUGGUAACACACCUGGCGACGGAAAAAGCCAAGUCCAAUGUACAUACAUACUUGGCCAGAAAAAGAAACCAAGCCAACAUUACCAAGCAUUAGCAAGAACGAGCCCCUUGAAGCAUAAAAGACAACAUUUCCCAGCGGUUUUUUGCGCGCAGUGCCAUUUUUUCGUGAAGUCAGUAGAGUUUGGUUUUGAAGUCAGUUGCUGGAGAAGGAAACGGAGCUUGCUGCCGUCAACAUGGCUGACAAUGCCGUAUCCACCGCCGUUUUUUGGACCGCUACAACGGAGGUAGAUCCCGCGGUUCUAACCCUUCGUAUCCUCUACAAGAUCUUCACACAAUAUGUAUUCGCUGUGGUGGUGGUUCUAGCUCUCUUCGGGAACGUCAUGUCAAUUCUGGUGACUGUGCAGAAAGACAAUCGGAAGAUUUCUACUUGUAAUUACAUGACAGCUCUGGCUGUUGUUGACUCCAAUGUGACGAUAGCGCACGGAUGGGCAUUAGCUUGGAUCUUCUGGGCCCCUGCCGAGGACGCACCUUCUGAGUUGGCCAUGCAGGGGAUGUGGUACCUGUCGUACACCUCGGCAAUCCUUUCGGGUUUCUAUCUGGCCGCCAUGACCAUAGAUAGGCUGAUCGUCGUGCGGUUCCCCAUGUCUGCUCCCAGGCUCUGUACAUCACGCCGUGCAUGUAUUACGAUCGCCGCCAUCUUUGUAUUCUUCUGCAGCAUUAAUGUCUACAUGUUCUUCACGUUUAAGAUCGUCGAGAGUGAAUACACGGGCGGUACAAGUAUGGUAAAAAUACAAGUGCCAGAUGACCCCGACUUCGAAGUCCUUGGCAACGCUUAUCAACUAGCAAUCGGGACCAUCGCGCCUUUCUGUAUUAUCGUUUUCUGUAAUCUCUGGAUCAUCUAUGUGUUACGUAAAGCUGCCAAAGAAACGGGCAAGAUGGGUGUGAACAAAGAUGGCCAAAAGACCCGUGAGAAGGAAACAGCCUACUUGACGAGAAUGCUGAUUCUUGUUAGUAUUGCAUACGUCGUGACGUCAAUUCCUUUUAGGUUGUAUGACGUCAUAAGUGUGAUCCCGCCGGUCAGGGUACACUACAAAAUGGAAGAAGAGUAUUGGAGUUUGAGAUUUUAUUGCCAACAUUUUAUCAUUAUCCAGUUUUGGGAGUUGAAUUAUGGCAUCAACUUUUACCUUUACUGUAUAGGGGGCGGAAAGAAGUAUCGAGAUGACGUCAAGCAGAGACUUCGCCAGAUGUUCUCAUGCUGCGCAUGCAGAAACUAAGAGGGAACUAUAGUGGGAACGCCCUUGGACACUACAAACACGCCUUAAAUGACAAUAAUUGGUAAUGUUGUCUUUAAUAAAGUAUUAUGAUCAUAAAUAUCUGUACAUGUAUACUGCUGCCCAUUACAUCUUUGUAUCUCGUAUGCCGAUUGUCCGUGCUGUUUUGUUGCAUAACUAGUCCAAUUACAAUCAUUGCGUCCUCAUCUUCGUCGUCAUAAAAACUCCUGCGCCGACCCGCCCGCCCUUGGGGGUUUUAUAUCCAGUUGAUAUAACAGUAAUAUCAUAUUUGAUUUCAUGCAUUCUACAUCUAGCUCACCGUUCAGGUGAUGUACGUCGGAUAAGCCUCUACAAAUGAUUCGUUUCGUAAUGCGCUGCGUAUACUUUUGCAUCGUAGUUCUCUGGUAACACACCUGGCGACGGAAAAAGCCAAGUCCAAUGUACAUACAUACUUGGCCAGAAAAAGAAACCAAGCCAACAUUACCAAGCAUUAGCAAGAACGAGCCCCUUGAAGCAUAAAAGACAACAUUUCCCAGCGGUUUUUUGCGCGCAGUGCCAUUUUUUCGUGAAGUCAGUAGAGUUUGGUUUUGAAGUCAGUUGCUGGAGAAGGAAACGGAGCUUGCUGCCGUCAACAUGGCUGACAAUGCCGAAUACACCGUCGUUUUUUGGACCGCUACAACGGAGGUAGAUCCCGCGGUUCUAACCCUUCGCAUCCUCUACAAGAUCUUCACACAAUAUGUAUUCGCUGUGGUGGUGGUUCUAGCUCUCUUCGGGAACGUCAUGUCAAUUCUGGUGACUGUGCAGAAAGACAAUCGGAAGAUUUCUACUUGUAAUUACAUGACAGCUCUGGCUGUUGUU